CAACGCUCUUGAUACCCCGCAGUGGUACGGCUACAGCACUGGCAGAUGCAAGCGUAUCGCGUUUAGGCAGGGGUAGCUUAUCAACAAGGAUGGACGUCAACGGCGCGUUGAGCCAUCAGUUAUCGUUCUGUCGGCCUGCUUGCCACGAUUGACAUCUUGCUACUGCUAUCUUCCAUGCGACGGUCGGUAUAUGAGCUUAUGACAGAAGACGUUUGAUGGUUUUAACUUUGCGCCUCUUCACCCUUGGUUAAAGCGACUUCUAGCCUGUUCUGCUAUUCGAACAACGACGCGGAGACAAUACGCCAUGGCGUCUGCCACAGAUCACCCACCCACACAAGCGAUAUCGCCACUAAAUACCGCGCCGACAGAUGUCGAGAAAGAAGCAAUCGUUGAAGACAACAGCAAAGGAAUCAAAAAGGUUCUCGAUGAGAAACUGCUAAAACACUCGCACGAUGCAGAUGCGGCGAUGAAGGCGUACGAGGGAAUGGAAGGCCAGGUUGUGGAGUUGACAGAGGAGAAGAGCAAGGCACUUUUAAGGAAGAUCGAUAUGCACAUGAUGCCUAUUAUGUGCAUUGUGUAUGGCUUGAACUACCUUGACAAGACGACGUUGAGCUACGCAAGUAUCAUGGGCCUGCGACUGCCUCCUUCAGACAACAAGCUAGCUUCUGGCAUCGGUCUAGUCGGAGACCAGUACUCGUGGCUAGGUAGCAUGUUCUACUUUGGAUACAUUGCUUUCGAAUAUCCCACUACACGAUUACUCCAAGUUCUGCCGCUGGGUAAAUACUCUGCAUUCAACAUCAUCAUGUGGGGCCUUGUACUAUCCUGCUUCGCCGCAGUUGAAAAUUACGCCGGCGCGAUCGCCAUUAGAUUCUUUCUCGGUGUCUUCGAAUCAGCAGUUACACCUGGUUUCGCACUCUUCACAUCGCAAUGGUAUACCAAGAAGGAACAGGGUUCACGUACCGGUAUCUGGUUCAGUUUCAACGGCUUUGCGCAAAUAUUCGGAGGAUGUGUUGCUUAUGGCAUUGCUGUGGGCUGUCGGAAGUCGGGCACUACUCUGGAGCCGUGGAAGAUCAUCUUCCUCGUUACUGGACUACUCACUAUGUGCCUGGGUAUCACAUUCCUUUGGCUUGUACCCGAUAACCAGUUGAAUUGUAGGUGGUUGAGCAAGGAAGACCGGAUCUUGGCGAUCGAGCGGAUUAGGAUCAAUGCGCAAGGUGUGGGUAACAAACACUUCAAGUGGUAUCAGUUAAAAGAGGCGCUGCUUGAUCCGUUGAGCUGGGCAUUCUUCUUCUAUGCGUUAAUUGCUGAUAUACCCAACGGUGGCAUAUCAAACUUCUUCUCCCAACUUAUUGUUGGUUUCGGAUACACACCCGAGGAGUCUCUUCUUUACGGUACACCGGGUGGCGCAGUCGAAGUCGUCUUUCUUAUUGCCUGCGGCUGGGCCGGCGAUAAAUACGGGUACCGUAUCCUUAUAUCCAUGAUCGGUCUGUGUGUUGCAAUACUUGGGAUGGUUCUCAUUGUUGCACUUCCGCUAUCUAACAACUCUGGUCGUCUCGCUGGCUACUACCUAACGCAAGCUAGCCCUACGCCUUUCGUUGCUUUGCUCAGUCUCAUCUCGAGUAACGUAGCAGGAUACACAAAGAAGACGACUGUGGCGGCUAUGUAUCUGAUUGGUUACUGCGUCGGAAACAUCAUUGGCCCACAAACAUUCCGUCCCCAAGAUGCGCCUCGCUUCGUUUCCGCCGAGAUCACCAUCAUCGUCUGUUGGGGCGUUUGCUUAGGCAUCUUAGCGUUUAUUCAUUUCUACUGCGUGUGGCAGAAUAAGAAGAAGGCGCAGAUUCGCGCGGCACCUGAAUACGUGAAGCUAGACAACCAAGAGUGGCUUGAUCUUACAGAUCGGGAGAAUCCAGAAUUCAUUUACACGUUGUAGCAAGAUAGUCAAGCGGGAAGGGAGCAUGUUCGAAAUGAAGAAUCUGCUAAAACCAUACACUUGGUAAUCUUAAUGCAAGCAAGAAUGAAUGCUACAUACUACAAUAG